CAUAUAAUAUUCUUUAACUAUUUGUAAUAUACCUCUGUCCAAAAUAUUAAUAUCUACAGGAAUAGAAUAGAAAAAGAUCUUGUAAUGUAAAAUUUUCAAUUUGACUGGUUGCAUAGAUAUUUACAGAUAACUUUUCUUUAAAAUUGACGCUCAUCUAUACCGGCGUUGAUCAGUUCAGUACUUCAGUAGUGAUGACGACAACGAUUAUGAAGAUUGAAACUGAAAUGGAGCUGUGUUCAAUUUGCGGUGCCGACGGAGGAGGCGAACUGUUGACGCCGGAGGAGCACGAUGCGGGCGGAGACCCCAUGCAAGUACCGCUGAGGACCAUGCUGCUACACCUCAAUAACAAUAAAGUUGUCCCAGAAGGUAGAUUGUGCUCGAACUGCAUCCAAAGAGCUAUUGAAGCCUAUGAGUUCAGUUCGUCACUCUCGGCUAAAAACACUCCUCCCCUUAGUGAGAAAAUUCGUGCAUUACGGAGGAGGUUACAUGAACUGACCCAAAAAAUUGAUGUAUUCAUUGUGGUGGGUGGACCUGGAGCUAAUGCCAAUGGCACGUAUAGUGAAGAUGAUAUCAUCAUGGUGGAGAAAGAUGUGUUAGCUGCUGCAGCUGUAGCGGAUGAUGAGGACCUGGAGCGAGCACGGAAUGCUCGCGGAGAUAAUGUGUAUCAAUGUUCAGUGUGCCCGCAGUCAUUCCAGCGCGUGUCGCAGUACCGCGCGCACGCCGCCGUGCACGCGGCCGACGCGCUGCACUCGUGCUGGACGUGCGGCGCGCAGUUCUCGUCGCGCGACGCGCUGCGCCGCCACGCCGCCGACCACGAGCCGCUCCGCGUGCACACCUGCUACCUCUGCAACACGCACUUCCAGAGGGCGCGUGCGCAGGGCGCGGGCGAGCUGCGGCGGCACGCGGGCGCGGGCGGGUGCGCGGCUGUAUGUCCGGCGUGCGGCGCGGCGGCGGCGUCGCGCGCGGCGCUGGCGGCGCACGCGGCGGCGGCGCACGGCCGCGGCGGCGCGGCGCCGCACGUGUGCGCCGCCUGCUUCCGCACCUUCGCCGAGCCCGCCGCGCUCACCGCGCACCUGCUGCGCCACCGCCAGGCUGACCAGUUCGUCUGCGGCUACGACGGCUGCAUCCUGCGAUUCGCCACCAGAGGCUACCUGCUGGCGCACAUCCGCCGCUGCCACGCGGCCGCGCCGGCCGCCAACGGCGCCGCGCCGCCGUCCGCCGCGCCCAGUUCCGCACCCACGCCCACCUGCGACCGCUGCGGACGCACAUUUGGCUCAGUGGCGGCCAUGAAGCGACACGCUCGCGUCCACCGGACCGACCGCUUCGUUUCACAGGAGGAAGGCAAUGACUCCCAGGUGGACGGCGAGGGUGACGACAUGGAGGUGGAGGCGACCGCUGACCCCGGCACCGAGGGGGAGGUCGAGUACCUCGAAAUGGAGGCCCUCGAUGAUAUGGAGUACCGAGAGUAGACCACCAGCUCGCGUUAGGGAAAUGUUUAAGUCAUUAGUUUUCAUUGGACUUCAAAAUUUGCUUCUUAAUUAUAUGUGUAUAGUUUUACGUUUACAAUUUUUCUCUAUUUGUGAACCGAUUUUGAUGGAAUGGUUUAUUUUUGUGUUACUUUCAUACAAAUCGUGUAUGGAUGUAAGUUUUUUUGAAGAACGUCUUAAAAUGCAGGUUUUGGUGUCGAUUCUGAGGUGUUAUUUUCUAUACCUAUCUCUAUAUUUUUAAUAAUUAUUUAUAUCGGCUGUGAGUGCACGUAGUAAGGACAGGGUUGUCUGACUUAGUUUCGGACUCGAAGCAGCCUUUGUUCAUGAGCGCGGCUCACAACUGGAUUGCAGCAUUGCGUAGAUAGUACGCUGUUUAAAUUUUUUAUUUGAUAGUAAAUAUCAAAGAACUAAA